CAGGUCGUAGUACGAUGUCGCCCCCUCAACUCACGAGAACUUGCGCGUGGUGCAAAAUGUCUGGUGAAGAUGGAAGGUGGCACUCACACUUUUCUUGACCCUCCGCCCGAAGACCCGCAACAGAAACGUCCAGCAGGCGAUCGUGAAACGAAGAGCUUCGCAUUUGAUCACUCUUAUUGGUCUGCUUGUUCAAAAGACGAACCUGGUUAUGCAUCUCAACAAACGCUUUAUGAGGACUUGGGGAUGGAUUUACUCGAUAACAGUUUUGAAGGUUAUAAUUCUUGCAUCUUUGCAUAUGGUCAAACCGGUUCCGGGAAAUCUUACUCCAUGAUGGGAUAUGGUCAAGAUCGAGGGAUUAUUCCUUUGACGUGCUCUGCCCUAUUCGAUCGAAUUGAAGAAAAGUUGACAACCGAACCCAACGUCACAUACACUGUUGAGGUCUCAUUCAUGGAGAUUUAUAAUGAGCGAGUGCGUGAUCUUUUAAACCCUAAAAAUAAAGGAAACCUUCGAGUCCGUGAGCACCCUUCAUUGGGUCCUUAUGUCGAAGAUCUUUCCAAGCUUGCUGUUCAAUCUUAUGCCAAUGUGGAAACUCUCAUGGACGAGGGUAACAAGGCCAGGACGGUGGCAGCCACCAACAUGAACGAAACUUCUUCACGAUCUCAUUCAGUUUUCACUCUUCUUCUCACCCAGCGUCGUACGGAUACCAAUACCGGUCUUGCGGGUGAAAAAGUCUCACGUAUCAGUCUUGUCGAUCUUGCUGGUUCAGAGCGUGCCAACAGUACAGGUGCAACUGGUGUUCGACUGAAGGAAGGUGCUCAGAUCAACAAGUCUCUCACUACUCUUGGAAAGGUCAUCUCUGCCCUCGCUACUGCCGGCGGUGGAAGUGGUUUGGGGAAGAAGAAAAAGGCCGACGAGCAUGUCCCAUAUCGUGACUCGGUAUUGACUUGGCUAUUAAAAGAUUCACUUGGUGGAAACUCGAAAACAGCUAUGAUUGCAGCCAUCAGUCCAGCAGAUUACGAUGAAACCCUAUCGACUUUGAGAUAUGCAGAUCAGGCUAAGAAAAUCAAGAACAAGGCAGUAGUGAAUGAGGAUCCGAAUGCAAAAUUGAUUAGGGAGCUCAAAGAGGAAUUGACAACUUUACGUACUCGGAUCAUUUCAGGUGGUGGUAUUGGCGAGGAUACCUACGAUGUCACCUUACCACCUGAAAAACAAAUCGUGACUUAUCAGACCAAGACUGGAGAAAUCAAGACUGUAACUAAGGCGGUUCUACAAGAACAACUCGAACAAAGUGAAAAGAUUAUGGCAGAAGUGGCUCAAACUUGGGAAGAGAAAUUAGUCAAGACUCAAGUGGUGCAGAAAGAACGUGAAGCAGCUCUUGAAGAACUUGGGAUCACCAUUGAGAAAAACAACGUUGGCGUUCAUACUCCCAAAAGGAUGCCUCACUUGGUUAAUCUCAAUGAAGACCCUCUCAUGUCGGAAUGUUUAAUUUAUCAAAUCAAAGCGGGUACCACCAUUGUCGGUAACACCGAAUCUGAUCAACAUUGCGAUAUUCGACUCAGUGGACGUAAUAUCCUCUCUCAACAUUGUCACUUCGAGUCAGAUCGAGAGACUGGAAAAGUCUUACUCUAUGCUCAUGAGAAUGCUCCAACCAUGGUCAAUGGUCAACGUCUCAGUCCUGAUGUACCCAAGAAACUGAAAUCUGGCUACCGAGUUAUCUUGGGUGAUUAUCAUAUUUUUCGAUUCAAUCAUCCAGAAGAAGUUCGAAAACAUCGUGAAAAAGUGAAAUCAAUGAGUGGGCUUUCGCCUGGUGGACGACCUGGGUCUGGCUCACCUUUCGUUCGGACUGACUCACCAUCGAACAGCUCAGUAUUUGACCCACAAGAUUAUCACUAUGCACGCCGAGAAGCAGUCAUCUCAAGACUGAAUGGGACGGAUGUCAACUUGGAAGAGUUGGACGAUAGCGAAGUUGAGCGAUUGUUUGAUGAUGUGGCACGGUUAAGGAUGCAACGUAAGAGUGGUGCGAGUGUAAGUGGACGAGAGAGUCGGAUGUCUUGCAUCAGUGAAUCGAUUGAUGAUGAUGAUCACUCCGGAGGAUCACCAUCUUGUCGACCACAAUCUGGAAGCACUUAUGUGACGGAUGAUACAAGUAUUGCAGAUUCAACUGUGACUUACAAUCAACCUGAACUUGAUCAUCAGUUGCAAAAUAUGAAGGCUGAUCUGGAGCAACAGUUGGAUAAACAGAGGAUUGGCUACGAGGAUAAGAUUAAGACUCUUUCGAGUACACAUUUAAGCGAACAAGACUCUGAUCGAUUACAAACAGAAAGACACGCCAUGGAAACUCAGAUGCAAAAACAAAAGUAUCAAAAGAAAGUGAAGAAGCUCAAGACGAAAACUCGUAAGGCAGAUGAUGGAUCUGAUCUUGAUUUUGAUCUCGACGAAAUGACCGACGAGCAAAGGCGAUUGAGUCAAAAAGUGGUCAAGAAAUGGAAAAGGUUCAAUCAAGUGAAACUAGCAGAAACUCUAUUGACAAAUGCGGUGAUGCUGAAAGAAUCAAAUAUAAUAAGCAAAGACUUGGAUAAGAAGGUUACUUACCAGUUUAUUGUUUUGGAUAAGGAACCAUGGGAGAUUACUAGUUCAGUAUUGGAGUCAAUAAAGGGCUUGAGCGAAUUUGAUGAUGUAUCAGAUCCAGUUUUGAGCGAUCGAUCAAAUCGACCUUGUGUUGGAAUCAAAGUACUAGAUAAACGACAUCGGGCCAUCUAUGUUUGGUCAAUGGAUAAAUUGAAGCUGAGGCUGAAGCAGAUGAGGAAUUUGUACAACUUUAUUGAUAAGCCAGCAUUUUCGCAGCAUUUUAACUGGGAAGACCCAUUUUACGAUCCUUUCCCGCCUGCGUAUUCAUUCAUCGGACACGCGUUCGUUCCCCUCGGUCCACUGUAUCGAAACCUUCCGAUCAGCUCCACUCUAUCUAUCUAUAGUCCUUAUACAUUGAGUCAGAUAGCUACUUGUAGGGUUCGCAUUCGCGUAAUUGGUAUCGCUCCACCUGCACGGACAGGCAUCUUGCUCAACUCUGCUGGUGGGUCUUCAUUCACGCCUGCUAAAGAGAGUCUAUGUCCAUUUGUAGAUGGAGGUAAGAUCACACUCGAAAUCAUCGUGGAUGAUGUCAGCGGCCUCACGUCUCGAGACUUUUCUUCAGUUCACUGUCAACUUCGGAUCUCUUCACUUGGUGGUCCAUUGAAACCAGGAGUCGAAGAACAAAUUUUUAGCUCAGCAGCUGUUGAUUUACCAUGCGAUCAUCAUGAAUUUCAUCUAAAACAGACUACUACUAUCACCAUCACGGAACAAGUCAAGAAGCAUUUGGCGUCUCGAUGUGCGCCUAUUGAGUUCUUUGGACAGUUAAUGCCGAGUUAUCUUGAAAAACUAGAAAGGUUUGAUGAAAAGAAAUUAACCGAAACCAAGCCAACUCUUCAACGCUCUAGUCCGACUUCUGAUGUUGGAAUUUCGAAUUCGGAUCCCAAUUCACCUAUUCCACCAAUGUCACUCAUGGAACUUACUAGUUCAUCUUCAAGUUUAAUGAGACAACCUGAAACUGAAUUUGUUUCUGAACAACAUCAUGAUGUUUCAAGUUCGAUUCAAAUGUUAGAACUUUCUGCAAAUGGAGAUUAUUUACCUACCCCAAUCGUUUCUCAAAAUGCACUUGAUCCUGGAGCGUUUUUUGUACGACAAGGACUUCAACGAAAAUUAGCGAUCAAAGCGUCACAUAAUUCUGGAAGACAGUUUCCUUGGAUCAAAAUCGGAACAGUAGAAUUAAGUAAUGUAAGAUUAUUAGAUGGACAAGGUAGGAUACAUGGACCUAAAGUGAAUAAAGUGAUUAGUUUAAAACCUUCCAAUAAACCUGUUUCGAAAUUUGAAAGUGAUGGAACUUCAUCAAUUGUUUAUAUUGGAAAUUGGGAUACAGGAGCACAUGAUUCAACUUAUUUAAAUCGAGUGACAUUAAAUGAACAAAGAGUAUUAGUAGAAUUAAAAUGGAAAAUCGAAAGUGAAAAUUGUGAAAGCCCUAUAGAAUUUAAGAUUGAUUUAGGAUUAACCAUCAAAGAAAGAGAUCAAAGACCACCUUUAACAAUGUUAAACUUUUUAAGAUUUACGAAAAUUUUAGAUAGAUCCAAUUAUUUAUUUAUGGUAAAACUUUCACCAAUCUUGAUUAAAAAGGUUUCAGAAAUUUGGAGAUUAAAUACUUGUUUUCAAUUUAUUAAUGGUGAAGAAAGUUUAGGUAAUUGGAAACCUAGAGAUAUUUCAAUUUUACAAGAGUUUUGGAAGUUUAAAGAAUUAAUGGAAUUGAAGAUUGCUGUUGGAUCGAUUAGAAUCGUUUUGAAUUAUUUAAAUAAUAAUUCGAAUGGGAUCGCAAUGGGGAAUGGGUUUGAGUCUCCUUUGGGGCUGCAACAUGAUGUGGAUUUGUUUAAGAUUGGUAAGAGUUUGGAGUUAUGGCAAAAACAAUUUGGACCCAAACAGAAGGUAAGCCGAAUAACAAUUGAUGAUAUGAAUAUGAAAUCGAAUUCGAUUCAACUAAAAUCGAAACGAGAUAAAAGGAUGACUGCUGAAGUGUUUUUAGUACCUCGAACUGAUAAUGUUGUGAAAAGAGGGUAUAUGUUUGUUUUAAGAGAUCCUACUAGUGAUGAAUGGGCCAAACGUUGGUUUGUAUUAAGAAGACCUUAUCUGUAUAUAUAUGAAGAGAAUGAUGAAAUUAGGGAAUUAGGAGUGAUUAACUUGGGGAAUGUUCAUGUGGAUUCGAAUUUAGAAUUAGAAACUAUGUUAGAUAGAAAAAACGUUUUUGCACUUUAUUCUUCUAAUAAUUCAUAUUUCUUUCAAACGAAUUCUUUGAAAGAUUUACAAAUUUGGACAAAUUCGAUAUUUCCUCAAUCGUUAUAG